GUGGAUGACGCAGCAGGCCUCUCGGUGUGUGGCAGACAGACUGGGCAGACUGAGGGUGGUGAGGAUGUGGUGGUGGUUGGUGUAGGCAGGGCCGAGGGUGACCCUGCAUCACCUCACCGUCACAUUCACUGGCUGGUGGUGUUGAGUGGAGGAGAGAGAGGAGGGCCACGCUGGGGAGGCACACAUGAGUCUGAGGAGGAUGAAGGUGAGGUGCAGUACAUUCCCUCCUCAACUUGUCUGCCAGCGUCUCCACGGACUUGAGUCUGCGCUGCUGACCCACUGUGGGGGUGACAUGCUGCUUCCAGGUCAGCUGGUCAUCCACCGUAACACCGAGAAGGUUGGCCGACCGGACCACUUGGAGGCGAUGAAGGCCCACAGAGCUGCGGGGAGGAGGCACUGCUGCUGAGGAGACAGCAGUGGCGGCGGUGGCGGUGGCGGUGAUGGUGGUGGUCACGUAUAGCGAGUUAGGGGAGGCGCAUCCGGUCGCUAACAAGAGCAAGCUAGACAAACACAAAGUGGCCCUCAAGACUCCUUCAAAACCCGGGAAGCAAGUGAAGGAGAGGAAGGAGGACGAGAGAGAACUAUCAACCAUCUCCUCUGUUACCUUCUCCGUGUCCUCCUCCUCUUCCUCUUCCUCUUCCUCUAGCAUGAGAAGACCAGAAUAUUUAAACGCCUCUCUCUUUAGACACCAAGUAACCGGGAGGAGGCAAGCACACACCCUGCCACACGCCACCACACGCCAAGAGCUCCCCACACUUACUGAAACACUACCUGGGCUUACAAUUAACACCCCAGUUAACCCCACGGAGCCCCAGACCACAGAAAAGGCCCAAACUUCACCCCCAAACACCUCAGAACAGACCCCAGAUAGCCCCACGGGGAUCACAAACCAGCCAUCUACAGAAACAGACCCCGAGAUCACAAGCCAGCCACCAGUCAGCCCUCCAGACUCACUCAAAGGGACAAAUCAGCCCCCUUCUAGCCUUCCAGCCCCUUCAGACCCCGCGGAAACGUAUGCUGAAGUGGAUUAUGAUGGGUUUUUUAGUGCAUGGGAGGAUGUGUCGCCUUUUGAGGGGGAGAGGGGGCUGACCAGAGGGGACGUUGAGGGGGGAAGGUAUGUGGUAGGGUUCAGACCUCUUGGGUUCUAAUUAAUGGGGUUCUGUAGUCUAGGGUUCGGGAUAAUGAGGUUUGGUUAGGUUUGGGUGUGUGGUAAGGUGUUUUUUUUUUUUUUUAUUUAUUUUUUUUUUUUGUCAAUUUGUGUCCAAAAAUAGUUUGUGUUGUGAGUGUGUCUAAGAGAAAGUGUCAUGUGUUGUGAAUCUGUCUAGAGGUGUGAUAUUAUGACGUCUUUCCCUGUAUUUCUGUCUACCACUGUGAUAAAGCUCAGUAGAAUAACAACUCCCUGUCUUAAUGUGCUUCAAAAAUGUCCUAAUCUGUCUAACACUGUGAUAAGAUAUAGUAGAAUUUUUUUACUUUCCCUGUAGAACUGUCUUAAAGUGUCAUAAGUGUCCUAAUCUGUCCAGUACUGUGAUAAGAUGCAGUAGAACCUUAACUUUCCGCGUAAAAGUGUCUUAAUGUGCCUUAAAAAUUACGGAAUCUGUCUGACACUGCGAUGAAAAGCAACAGAAUUUUAACUUUCCGUCUAAAAGUGUCUUAAUGUGGUUUAAAAAUGUGCUAAUCUGUCUAAUACUGUGAUGACAUGCCGCAGAUUUUUAACUGUAUCAAAAUGACCUGUUUUUGUCUAAUUGUGUGAUACAACGCAGAAGAAUGAUCAUUUUCCCUCUGAAACUGUCUUUGGGCUUCAAAAUUACACAAUCCGUCCAAUAUUGUGAUGCAAGGCAGUGGAAUGAUAACUUUCCGUCUAAAACUGUCUUAAUGUUCUUCAAAAUGACCUAUUUCUAAUACUGUGAUGAAGCGCAGUACAAUUAUAACCUUUCUGUCUAAAACUGUCUUAAUGUUCUUCAAAAUGACCUAUUUCUGUCUAACACUGAUGAAGCGCAGUACAAUUAGAAGCUUCCGUCUAAAACUGUCUUAAUGUUCAAAAUAAGCUAUUUCUGUCUAACACUGUAAUGAAAGGCAGUGGAAUUCUCUUAAUUGUCUUAAUGUUCUUCAAAAUGACCUACUUCUGUCUAACACUAAUGAUGCGCAGUACAAUUAGAAGCUUCCGUCUAAAACUGUCUUAAUGUUCUUCCAAAUGAGCUAUUUCUGUCUAACACUGAUGAAGCGUAGUUCAUUUACAAGAUUUCGUCCAAAAAUGUGCAACUAUACUCUUAAAACACUUUACUUUCUCAUUUCUACCAUGUGGGCAUUUCAAGGGAGUUUCUGUGCUAAAGGGGAUACUAUUUGUGACUCCUCCUAUCUCAAAGCCCACCGUCGCUCCGAGUGAGGAAGCCCAACCUACACUCCGACCGUGGACAGGAUUCGAACCCGUGCGCUUGGAGACCCCUCGGACCCCAAAGCACGCAGGGGUCCACUGUACCAACAUAUGAAUUUAAUGUUUCAGUCUGUUUAAAAAUGUGAAUUCCUAGUUUUAUGUCUAGAAAAUGUUGAAGGAAUGUGUGUGUGUGUGUGUGUGUGUGUGUGUGUGUGUGUGUGUGUGUGUGUGUGUGUGUGUGUGUGUGUGAAGAGUCUGUCCACAGCACGCCUGUCUAAAAAUGUGAUGAUAUAUUGAAACUGUCUAUUUCUGUCUGUCUGUCUACAAACUGUUGUGUCAUGUCCUUAGUUGCCAUGUCUAAAAUCUGUCUAUUCUGUCUAUUAAAAUGUGAUAAGAUAC